AGUUUAUAAGCAAGUAAAAAUGUUUGUACAUGCUAUAAUCACUGUCCAGUGUCCAGCGUUCAGUGUCCAGUGUCUAUCAUGAAUAGUGGAAUAAAGAUAUUGUCCGUUAUGUCUGCUGCAGUCGCCAUGGUGCAUGGAUAUGGAGGAAUAGACAAAUAUGGAUAUAGUUGGCCCCAAGUCGUCAGAUACGAUGGCGGUUAUGGAUAUGGAAAUCCACAUCUAGAAGACGGGUAUGGAUAUAGCGGAGAAUAUGAUAAAGAUAGAUAUAGUGGUGGAUAUGUGUAUGGCGGAGGUUAUAACAAAGGCGGAUAUGGUGGCGGACACGGGUAUGGUGGCGGAUAUUUUGGCGGAGCUGGUGGCAGACACGGGUAUGACGGCGGAUAUGGUGGCGGACACGAGUAUCGCGGCAGACAUGGGUAUGGUGUUCGUCCUGUGCAUGAAAAGUUCUUCAGUGGCUCUAUCGGAAAACCCUUUGAUAUGGUGCUUGGUGAUGGAGGCAUUUUCGGGAAGAGAAACAGAAGAUUCCUGCAUUGAAGAGUUAACGAACGAGAAGGUUGUAUUGUACAACGUUUUAUAAGUAUUGCACUUAAAAAAUUCUGGAAUUAUCUUUUAAGUAUGUAUUGUGUUUUUUGUGUGAUAACUGUCGUAUAGAUAAUUAUGCAUGCAUUUAUCACUUUUUAAAUGCACUGUUUUAUCACUUGUUUAAUAAAAUCUUAGAAACCUGA